CCGCUUACAAAUCUAGAAAUACAGUGCUAUCCCUCAUGCUGCUUUGCUCAUUACAAAUUAUUUUCUCUGUUUCUUAUCUGAGGACUUUGAGAUUUAUUCGUCUUGAGACCGUCAACUCUCAGACAUCCGCGAGAAAUUAUCGGCCUGAAAUGAACAUCUCGCAUUUUUGUGGGGGUGAAUGAAUAUGUGGAGGCCAAGGUUAAUUACAAUGUACCUUUGAUUGCUAGAUUCAUCCGUCAUGCUGUGGUGGUACUGAGAAUUGAUGUCGAGUCUCCUAACCUUUAGCUCGCACUUUCUCCGUUAACCAAGUCCUACCGCUAAUAUCCCACUAUUGAUCCUAUCCCUCAUCUCUCCAAUACUAUACAUAGUUGAAAUUUUAAUUCAAUUCACUUUUCUUCAAAUAAUCUUUGAAAAAUCACGCCAAUCACUGAGAUUUGCCCUGCUCAGGCGCAGGGCCAAGGAAUUGAGCUCAGGUUUUACGAUGCUGGCACCCAGGGAAAAGGAGGACAUGAGCGCCCACAUGCGGAACUUAAUACACAGAGUCCAAUUAACGAACGGUAUAUUGACGAUACGAAUUGUCAGACAGUGUGUCAUUUGCCGUUUACUAUUGUACUUGACAAUUUUUUUUCAAUUUCAGACGCAAAAUUUCCUACGCUCUUAGAAAAUAAAUAUUCCAAUUUUUUUCCACUUCUCGAGAAUUCCCUUAUUCAUUUGAAUUCUCAAUUAGCUAAGAUAAUUUAAGUGUUACAUUACUUUAUAUGAAAAUUGGCAAUUCCAAUUUUACCGCAAAAAUCAGAUAAAUGUUUACAGCGUACAGACUUGACAAAUAUUUUUUACCAAUGUUACACUGGACUAACAAUCUCCAAGCUCUCAUGCAAAUUUCAUCCACAUUUUUCAAAUACGAGAGACGAACAUUUAAUACCCACAUAUGGACUGUACAUGUGUACGUGAAAUGCGUGCCAUGAAUUUCGUGGACGUGGCCCACUGCCUAAUUGUACCGUUAGAAAGAUUUUUACGGUUUGCCUAUGCUGAUAGAGGAAAAGACUCAGCCCUAUUAAGUUUGUUCCACUUGUGCAAAAUGAGGACUUUCAAAUAGGGCAGCUAUUUUUUUUUUAUCUACAGUAUUCAAUUGUAUUUUCUCCUAAAACUAUUAAUCUUUAUCUAUGGAAGAGCUUUAUCGGCUCACUCAUUAUAUUACCGAGAAUAAUGUGAAAUUGCUUGUUGCUUUUUUUUCUGGGGAUCAUGGAAUUAGUAAAAUACCGUCACAAAUAAAUGAUAGUAAUUGUAGAUAAAAAGACACUACUACGCCUUGGCCAUUGAAUAUCAAUAAAGCGAUAUGUUCUCACGGGGUCACGUGACAAAUUAAUCUCACUUAUGCAGCUCUCGGGCAUUGAGCUCACCAGGCUGAGCGGAACUACUUGCUUAUUUUCACACUGCUCUGCUCUGCUUAUUAAUUAUUAACACUCGUGAAUUUCACUUGAAGCCCACAUAACAUUAAUUUCUCUCGCUUUUGUAAUGAUAAACCAUGUGACAGUUUUUCAAUACCGCUAUGUACAAGUGUCGAUAACACCCCCAUUCAAGUAGAAAGAGCAUAAAAUUACUAAAGUAAAGUUUUCUAACGUGACAAAAGUUCUUAAUCUGUCCGAUUUAUUAAAAUUUUCGACAGAAGAAUCUCGCAGAUUUAGUGAAUGGUUCAAUUGAUUUAUUGAGCUUUGAGGAUUGUAUUGAAAAAAAAAAACAAAGGAUAAUAUUUUAAUAAUGAGAAGAACAAAGCGAUUCGUUAAUAGCAUUAACAAAUAAUAAUUUCAUAAUUUUUACCCAGUGCAGUUGAUUCCCGACUGAAUGUAGGUCAAUCGGAUAGACACAUAUAUGUAAAGGCGCCAUUUUUCGCGAUGAAAAGGAAAGCAAAUAACGCGCGCUUACGCGCUAAACAAAACGAAACAUACAGGCAACUGUACCAUCAGAAGAGCAAAGAAAUUGGUGUGGAAGUGAGAGGGUUAUGCGGGGAAGAAUGGACAAAGGAGUGGGAGAGGGAGAGGAAAGAAGGGGUUCUGUUGUCGGACUAACGGUGCUCUGUUCUACUUAUUUGCUCGGCGGCUCUGGCGCGUUGGUGCUUACCUGCGUCACGUCUGCACAGCUUUAACCAGACCAUCGCGCACGUGGAUGCAUAUUGAGCCUGGCAAAAAUUUGAGCUCCUCUCUAUUUAUACAUUAAUACUGAUUCGGCCUACAAAUUAUGCACCGAAUAUCGAAUUGGGGAUUCCUUAGCUUUUAAAAACCUACACCAUCAUCUUCCUUCUCCUCACCUACAAUUUAAUGGAAUGCUGAGUCACUUUCCUCUGCCGGAAGUAGGUCGAUUGCACGAGUGAUCGCGCGCAGAUGCCUGCUUACUGCUCUCAGUGCUUGUAGAAAACAGUCAUGAUGUAUUAAAUACGGAUGUACAGUUGAUUAUUUCAUCUAUAGUAUGUGAUCUCCAUUUAAAAUUCCGGGUAUGGAAAAUAUAAUGAUUUCUCUUUUUUCCUAUUUAUCGAAGGAUCAACUUAUUAUCGCAUGGGGUUUUUUUAUCGAGAGCACCAGAAACAUCCAUCAUAUGCAUCCGCAUUUGGUUUUUUAUAUUAAUAAGAUACGACGAUACCUUUCGGUAAAAUCAUCGGCUCCCAAAUUCACUUUGAGGUGUAUACCCAGUGAUCCCAUUGAUAAGUGGCUCAACAACAUUGUCGUAGGCCGUUCAAUGAAAAUAACCAUCUUCCUCUCUCUUUCUCCUUCUCUUACUACUCGCUUCCUCACUCUCUUGUUAACUUAUUUUUCAUUGGUUAGAGUAUAUUAUUGGCUUCCACGCCACUGGAUAACGGUACAUAGUGAGCUCGGUUUGUCUUACCACUGGAUGAUCCCCCACCGGCACUCCAACUGAGCUACUUGACAAGGACGGAGGGGUCCCCCAAGCAUACACAUGGACAAGGACGGUUCAAACGAUUCUCAUCCAAACACUGGUGAAAUGAUCCAGUGGUAGCGACCAUUUUUUUUUUUUGGUGUGAAACAUUUGCAUGAUUCACAUGAUGGGAAUAAACUCCUACCACAUCCGGAUCCUUCCACUUUCUUAACAAUUACUCCUUGAAGACCAGGUAUUGUGUUUGAUUGGACAGAGACGUUGUACCGUGCUGUGAGUGGCUGUGUUGUGUCCUACAAACCCAGUUAGUGCCAGCUAGUGUCUUUUUCUCCUACUUUUUCCCACCUAGGCGGUGAUUUUUUUUCGUUAUUCAUUUAUAAAUGGAAUGAACAUUGUUACAGGUCCUCGCGGCGCCGUUGGCGGUUGCAGCACCCCCGGCAGUAGAGUGGAUCCCUGGUGGAAUCCUGGUCCCCUCUUUCCAUCAGCUACUACGCCAGGACCACCAAGGAUCGACGAGGGGCCUCCAGGAAGUCACAGCAACAUCAGCAAUACCACUAAUAAUCCAUAUCUGGCAUCACCUUCAUCGUAUCAUACCAAUACUAUCACUGCCACCACCACUACCACUAGCACCACCACCACCACCUCCACCGCCACCGCCACCGCCACCGCCACCACCACCACCACCACCAAUAAUAACAACAACAACAACAACAAUAAUAAUAACGACCACCAGCAGACAAAUAGAAAUUUGACGUCACCGUACAGUGUCGCCUCGGCGACGAGUCCGUCUACCUCAUCGCCAACAUUUGGCCAGGUGGACUCGUUGUCAAGGUGCUCGGACGCUAUAGGAAUAAAUCCAAAUAAUUCAAAUUUACCUGAAAACGUACUAUCGAAUUUACUAGCAGCGAAAUCAACAAACUCCUCCCAUUUAAAUCCUCAUGGUAUCGAGCACACUGUCCAAUCGAAUGGGACAGUCUUAGCAACUUUAUUGUCGACGUCUAGUAAUAUAGACUACACACCACCUCCUAAUUCAACAACGGAAUCAUCAGCUGUGAGAAACCCUCUGGCUGGUAAUAUCACCGUUGCUGCCUCAUCGCCCUCAUCGUCCACCUCAUCGGGUGAUUCUUUAACUGGAAUAUUGCCAUCACUGAAUGUCAAAAUCAAAUCGGAGGAUCAAUCACGCCGCGAAGAGUCCUCGGGUUAUUGCACUUCACUAUUAAGUUCACUCCUUUCAACUUCGCGCAUCUCAACAACCAGCAAUCUAGAGGAAGAGUCUGCGGAUCAACGAGUUGACGAAGCUAAUAUCAAAGUUGAGUAUUCGCUCAGUGCAACAUCGCCGUGUAGCAACGUAUUGGAAGCUGCUGAGGAGGACCUCGUCGCAACGUCGCCGUACGACAUUAUUAGCACGAGUGCGCGGUGUAUAAGGCAAUCAGCUGGCGAUUGUCGCAGCCAAGUCUCACCAACAUCUGAAAUAGUGAUUGACAUGAAAUACGAGACGCAAACGGGUCCCCCACCGGGACCACCGCAUUUAACAUCGACAGGAGUUGAACCUCCCCAUAGCAGCCAGGGCAGUGGAAUGGUUAUUGGUGCAUCAUCCGGUGAAGUUGUAGGAGUUGACAGUCUGUUAUUGCCAUGGGGCACAACUGGCUCCGAUUUCCUCGAACCACCGGACGUCAAACAGACACCGGGAGGUCUUCAUGACGCCUGGGAGACACUUCUUCUUGGCUCUUCAGUUGGUGUUGCGUCGGCACAAUCAUUGGCAGAGUUAAAGCCCUUACCACCGUUCACAGGAUAUACUGGUCAUCUAAGUAUCAAUGGUAUUCCUGGUCAUCAUUAUCAUACAAUAGCUUCAUCAGCGCAACGACCAACAAUGCAGUCGUCAUCAUCGCCAACCCCAUCAUCCAACCAAGAAUAUUAUGAAUCGUCAGUCGUUUCAUCUAGUACGCCCUGCCCUCAAGCGAGUCAAAAGCAUCAACAUCACCACCAGCAACAGCAACAGCAACAGCACCAUCAGCAGCAGCAACAACAACAACAACAGCAACAACAACAACAACAACAACAGCAGCAGCAACAACAACAACAACAACAGCACCAGCCGCAACAGCAUCACCAUCAACCCCAACAAUUACCCCAAUCAACGCAACAAGUUGACUAUGAUAUUGAGGAUAUUGCCGAAAUAAUCGGUUCGGCGAUUGCCGAUACUACUGUACCUGGAAGUAAUAAUGGCCCUGGUUCUGAGCAUGAUCCAGAUGCCUCGAGAGACUGGAUUGACAUUGCUGAAUGGAUCAAUACAGCGUGUUCACCCAAGGAUCACGAUACUUCAUCACCAAGUCCCUAUUCUCAGAUGUACACUUCAACCAAUUCUGGUGGUCAAACACAUCAGCACGGCUCAACACUCCAGAGUCUCCUGACAACUGGCUAUGCUCCUCUUCUCCAAGCCAGACUCCAGGCUGGCAAUGCAAAUAUGCAAAAUACUUCGUGCGGUGAAACUCCCUCAUCGACGAGUCCCUAUCCACCAGUCAGUCCACCCGGUAGAGUAUCAACAUCUUGCAGUCCUGAUCACUUGCUUCACUCGUCAUUCCCUGCGCCAUCCCAUCCAAGAAAAAGAUCUCGGCCAAAUUCCUCCAAUCAGAAUCCCUCGAAAAAGAGCCCAGCAACAUCUGUCCCAGCGUAUGGUACAGAAUCAGGGCUCAUCGGUGGUAAAGAGAAACCUGUUCAUAGAUGUUCGAUAUGCAAUCGAGGAUUCCUCAAUAAAAGCAAUAUCAAGGUACAUCUCAGAACACAUACCGGCGAGAAACCAUUUAGGUGUGAAGUUUGCGGCAAAGCAUUCAGACAAAAAGCCCAUCUCAUAAAACAUCAACAAAUUCAUAAGAGAAUCGGUAGGGAUUAAGAGAAUAUCAAUGGUGUUAACUGUGCAUUGGCGCGUCGUGAGCUUUAGACUCCACCCCCUCUCCCCCUUCCCUUCAUGAUUGAAGGGGGAUUCGGAUUUUGAAAAAAAAAAAACAUCAUUUCUGACUUUACUUUGCGCGAGAUAUCGAAUCCCGUAAAGUGUAAAACACAUUCAGGGCGCGAAUCAGGGUAUGAAACCUUGUUGAAAAGUGCACAAAUAAACGAGACGAUGUAUGAACACUAGAUGAAUGGUGUUUAAUAACAACAAAUGUGAGUGUAGCAUGUGUAAAGAAAAAUAUAAUAUAUAAUACGCCAGUGUUCCUUACAAGCAAACGGUCAUCUACUUUGAUCUGUUUCAAAAGUCUCUAUCGUGUAUAUAAUUUAUCGAUGAACUUUACGUACUUUGAUAUGAGGUUACUGUGUGACCUAUUUACCAGAUAUUUCAAAUAUAUUUAUAUUUUUCAUGAAAAUCAAGCGAGAAUCGUAUUUUUUUGCUAGUUGAGUGGAAUAAUGACGCAUACAAAAGUUGCUAUUGUAAGCAUGAGGCAGAAUAAGUGAUUUGGUAGUAUCUCCCAGCUAAUGUACCUAAAGAGUUUCUUUGUCACGUGCUUCAAUAUAAAUUUAUUGUAAUGGUUAGCUAUCUUUUCUUCUAACGUAUGAAAUUGUUAUUUUAAAUGUUCAUUUUCCGAGAUUUUUUUCCCAUUCCCGUGCAUAAUUAACUUCUCAGAUAAGAAGUUCUUAUUAUUAUUAUUAUUAUUAUUAUUAUUAUUAUUAUUCUCAUUAUUAUUAUCAUUAUUUAUUUAUUUUGUCAAUUUCCUUCCUCAUGAUAAUGGAACCUUUCUUUUUUCUACUGUAAGAUAGCUCAUUAUUCAGUUUUACACGUAAUUUAACACAUUUGCCUUCCCGUAACUCAUAUUAUUAUAAUACGUUUUUAUUUCAUAAGCUCAUUUGAUUUCUAUCAGUUAUUAAAUGCCACCCUUUCUUUCUAUUGCAACACGUCAUAUUUGACCUUUGUCAUUUCAUCUUGGAAUUUUCGGGCAACUGCAAGAUAAGCAAUAAAUCAUAAAAUUUAUCAACUGUUUUUUUUGUUUUUUUUUUUUCCAAUCUAAUUUAAAUUAAGAAGCUAAUGCAAUUUUCCCCUUUACGAAGAAAAACUUAUUCGAGUAUAUUGUUAAUUAGGAGUUUUAAUUAUUUAUUUGCGGUUACUCAGGCGGAUAUGUGUUCUUUUGUAUUUUUUUUCUCCCAAUUGUAGUUGUACAAAGUAUUCAAUCGAAAUUUAUUUAUGUACGCAUAUUUAUGUUUUGUUACCUCGAAAAGCGGCUAGACAAAUAACAUAAAAAAGUAUGUCGAUUGAUCAAUGGUCAUGGCAAAAAGGAAAGCAAUCUCAAUUGAAUUAUUUUCGUAUCUCCUUCUUUAUCUAAUUAUUUUAUUUAUAUGAAUUAUUUAUUUCGGCGGUCUAGAUUAAGUUGAGAUUUAUUGUUUUUGGUUUAUAAAAAACUACUAACGCAGGAGAUGAAGAAGAUAAUAAAAAUGAAAUCAAGGCUGUGUUCUCUCCUUCCGAUCAAGGGUGAUCCACAGAUCUCACAUUCAACAUGCUGCUGACAUUUUCUAGAGAUGUUUUGAAAAUUCCCUCUCUCGAGUUAUUUCUAUUUCUCUUUACAAUCCCUAAUCAUUUUUGUAAUUUUUAUCAUUUUCGAUUACGCUUCUCAACUUGUCUUCUUUAGUGUGCAAGAAUAAAGAACAAAAAUAACACGAAAAGUUAUACGACACACCCAAUUAAAUAUGUAUAAAUACAUGGUACCUAGCGUAGCUGGCUACGCGAUUUCUUCAUAGGUUAUAAAAGAUGAUAGGAAAAAAAAAUCUUGUACUCGAAAAAAAAAAUCAAAUCAAAAAUGGACCCUAAAGUAUACGAAUUUCGCAUCAUGAUGAAUCAUAAAAUAAAAAAGCGCAUAACUGGAAUAGCUGCGAAGGGAUAUCUUUCAUAGUAUAUAUUACGUGACAAGUGUGAAUAAGGAGAAUAUUUAACCUCAUGUGGUGAUAUUUUUAGACCUCCCUUUGUCGGAGAAUUGGCAGGAGAGCGAGCCUUCUAUCAUUCUUCUCCAAAAUAUUAUCACACGAGUUUAACAUUCUCCCUUGUUCAACCUGUGACCUAUACUAUUUUUUGAAAUUAGUACUUGGAAAGGUUCUACUUUGUUUUUAUUGCUAUAUUGUUACUAAAUGAAAAAACUUAGCAAAUUGUGUGAGUAUGCGGUAGGGAGGGAGAGGGGAAGCCAUGUUUAUAUAUUAAACGUUGUGUGAGAGUAUCACAGUGGCAUUUUAUUUCAACUGUUCGGCUAAUUCACUAGAAUUAUCGAUGAAAUUUAACCUGAUCUACAAUCACGUAGUGCACAUAUUUAGUCCGUAAAAUACUCAGAUUAUUUACAAUGAUAAGUGAACACUGAGGAGCACUUGAACGUAUAUGUAAUGGCGAAAGAAUGGCUGUGCAUUAGGAGAGCUUGCAGCCAAUUUACGAACUAAUGGCGUUAGGUGAUAUUAUCAGCCACACAGAUAGAUACCACAAUACCGAGUUGGUUAAAAUUAUAGCAACCCAAGUUUGUCAAUGAGAGGGGACUUAUCCAAGCACAUAUUUCAAAAAAUCAAGAGAAAUUAAGAGAAAUGAAGAGAAUUCAUAAUAAAUCGCAGUAUUCUAUUUAUAUGUAAUUUAAUUAAUUAGUAAGUUAGAUUAGUAAGUGUGUAAUUUCAUAAUUCAUUUGAAUUACCAGCUUAAGAACAAAAAUAAUGUGAAUCUGUUGUUAAUAAUUUUCUCACAGUGUUAUCCCCAUUUACUUGUCACUAUUUUUUUAUUAUAUACAACGAUGCCUGUUGAA